AUGUUGCUGAAGUGGAUCUUCGCAGCUUCUUUCUUCGCUGUUGUUGCUGGAGGUGCACUUUUUGGUCUUUUGGAUAACUCAAACGGAGGCAAAAAAUAUAAGAAGUUUAUAUGAUUCAGAUACAUCGGCAUACAUUUUCUGCCUAACUGCCGGAGGAUCAUGGGAGGCGCCGGUGAGUAAUUUUUCGCUUUUUUCGUUUGAAGCUUUCGUUUUUUAGGCCAAGGGUCCGCCAAUCUGCAGGGGAUACAACGCCCGUUUCGAAUCUAAAACUAAGGUAUUAUUAGAAUAACGGCCAUUCAACUGGGAGAAUCAUUUGAGAAAGAAGCUGAAGACGCGUGUGCCUACAAGGUUCCUUUUGACGUCGUCGGGGUCAAAACGGGAUGGCCGACCCUCUGCGACUUUGGUAAAGCAAGAGAACUAGAAGCUUGACCAAGCAGAGAUUUUCAUUUAUCACGAAGAGUAGCCCGGAAGUCACACAUCUGGCAAAGUUUGAAGGCCCAAAAACGAGCGCGAAAAAGCGCAAAAGUUCCGUUUUCCGUUCUUUCUGAAGCAUAUUUCGCCCGGAUUUAAAGGCUUAAGAAAAAGCGAAAAAAGGCUGAUGAAUGGUCGCGAAAGGAAAGCAAAAUGGAACCUUUUUGGGGACAAUACAGAAACCUUAAAGCUUUGCCAGUGAAUGGAUAUGUUAUUGGAGCAAGUCUCAAUACUUCUUAGUAAUGAACUUCUGCUGAGCGACUUACUUAGGAACUCCAGAGUGGCCCUUAUAGGCUAUAGAGGCGAUGUUAGGGACCCUUAGGAGGUCCUCUUUAGGGACCACUUUACCAAUCUCUAUAGGGGCUACUAAAGCUUGUGAUAAUGGUCAUUAUAGGGGACAUGCCAGUCGAUAAUUUCUAUGAAAUUUAAGCGAAGAAGCGUUUUCAUGAGAAUAAUUAAAUGAAUAACUGUAUUUUAAAUGAAUAUAAGAGACCCCUAUAGGGUCUACUUGAGAUUUAGCGUCUUACGGGUCAGACUCUGAACCUAUAGGGGCCACUUUAACUUUACACCUAUUACUGUUUCGGCCCCUAUGGAGGUUGUUUUUCCUUCCUAACCCCUAAAGGGACCACUCAGGAAUUCCCAAGUGGAACGCCAGUUUUAUUUUUGCAAACGAUCUGUCUGCAGAAGUGAGAGCGUCGUGUCCCGACGACUGGAUCCAGAUUGACCACGAGUGUUACCGAGCAAACUCGGUGCUGAUCUACCAGCACCAAGCCCGCGCGGUUUGCAAGAACAUAACUGGUGUCGACGGCACCUUGUUCAAGUUAACGUCGACUCGACUGCAAUGGGAGAUUUAUGGUGUGUUUGCAAUGGGAACGACAAAUGACGAAGAGUUGUGAUUCCAGCGGCUUUCACCAAUCUGCCUGGUCUUUGGAUGGACGUCGAAGGAAAACGGAACGAGAAAGGAGAUUUGGAGUCGAGUUUGGGCCAACUGUACAAAUGGAGACGGCCGAGACAUACGAUCGACACUGGUUUGAAACAAGAAAAGAUGUGGAACAUGGGCUUGAGAAGUGAAUCGCGUACCAUGCAAACCUGAGUUGAUAAAAGUCUUGACCAAUAGGGACUCGGACCUUGGUUCAAUAGCCUAGGGCGAAAAAAAAGCAUGAAAAUUCAUAUUUUAUUCCAAAACUAUGUGAAAAAACGGACAUGAGCUCUUUUUCUCAAUGCAAGAGACGAUCUUUCAGAAACUUGAAUUUAUUCAGGUCUUAUGUCCUUAGAUCAAAUGAUCUGAAUAAGAAAAUCUCAUCUAAAGCGCUGCAACUGCACUUCACGGUGGACGUUUUUUGUAAUUUCUAUGCAUGCGAUCUCACAAUGAAAUACAUAAACAUAGUCGAGACUUGGUCAAUUAGAGCACACGUCUGAUAGAUCCCUCUUCCCGCCGAUUGCCCGCGAAGCCAAAAUUCAAACAGUUUCUAAGUUUCGGUGUGCCUUAGACAAUGGUGGCAAAAGGUAGAGGGGGAGAACGGAGGUUGAAGAAGAGCGAGCUGGACGGCAUCCGGCUCCGGCUCGAAUGAGGAGCCUGUACCUGGUGUGUCCGCAAUCCGCUCUCUCCCCCUCUUCUGUAAAAGCCCGAGUUAUUUUUGUCAUUAUAAUGUGAAGUCGAAGAGACUGUGCUGAGCCGCUCGACGCAGGCUCAAAUCUACCUGCACGAUCUCCUCGCGGCAGACGCCUCUGUUUUAGCUGUUCUAAUGACCCUUAAGAUCGUCUGGAGAAUGACGGUCUAUUGCGUCAAUGACUUCUUCUUUCUCGAAUUCAAAGCUCACAGAUAGCUACAAUAUUAACUCUUCCUGAAACUACUCGAUUUUCGAGGUUUAGUUGUAAAUUGAAUGAUAAAAUACGUCCAACUAAUUCGCAGUGGAACAUCUGAAUGAGACUAGGCUCACUAGAGGUAGUUUUUAGUUAAGGCCGACGAUAUGAGUUUUCAGGAGGCAGCACCGAAACGCAUCAGCUGAUGGCCAUCACCCAGGCCGGCGUUUGGGAAGUCGGAGCGCAUCAAAUCCUCUACGACGUGCCCAACUCGGUCAAGGCCAUGGCACUAUGCAAGUUCAAGCCGACGCCCAGUAUGAAAAGUGAUUAGUUUUUCUGUGAAUUGUAACAUUAUAAAAAUGUUGUCUCAAAGCUCCAAAUGAGAGAAAAUGCGUCUGUUCAAAGCUCGAAUAGACUAAUCCUUGGAUUUUUUCCGCUUCCAAACUGCAAAAAAUCACUUUUCCACUCGGAACCUCAAGUUGAAAGCCAUCUCUGAGCGGCUACAUACAAUUUCCAUUUUUUGAAAACCUGGAUCGGCUUUUCAGGCUUUCAAGAAACUAGCGACAUCCUAAAUUCUAUCGGCAUGAAGAGCAAUGUGUACAACAAUAUGAUGCUCGUUUCGUUUCCCAGCAUGUUUAGGUUCAAUUUUUACCCAAUCCCAAUCGAUAUUUAAAUGUUUGAAGAUUCGAGAAGGAUCCGCAAAACGAGAAUCAGAUCAGUCCGGCGGACCUCCACGAUAAAUGCAAAGUAAUAUCUAAACACACCUAUUUGUAAAGUUGUCUUGGAACUUUUUUUUUCGCAUCACUAACGAAAGAAAAACUCGGUUCAGAGUCUGUGCGAACCUUUCGGCAUGCCUUGCUAUGCAGCAGUUCCAAACGCAAAUAACGCCAAGGAUAUGUUGGAUUUCAUGAAGAAGAACGAAAUCAAGUACGCCCUCACGCCGAUCCUCCGCUCCACUGUCCCGAAGUUUUUCUUUUUUUAUGUUUAGAAAUGGGGAAAGCUCCAGAAACGCCCCCCUUCCCCCUUUCCAAACUGUUCUCACCCCCCGCGUUCUAAUUUUUUUGGUGGGAGCUUUUUUUAGAACUUUUUCUCAUCUGGAUGGGGGUUGUGAGAUAGUCUCAUAACGCUCAUUCGAACAAGUCCCUCUCGGAUUUAAAAAAAUCACCCCCCCACGUCUCAGAGAUCCCUCCCCCUCCUUAUACUUUCCGAGAAUGGUCAAUUUUCUGAAAACACGGCCGAAGAUUCUGAGCACUUAGAUGAUUCCACAAACCUGCACAAACUUUCAGUUUUUGAAUUAUGAAUUUCAGAUUUUUCGUGGCAAUUCUGGUGUUGAAUGCAAACUUUGAAAAGACAUGUCUCGAAAAUUUUUCACAGGGAUAUCCAUUUGGGUCAUCGGAGAGUCUUGGAGAGAAUUUAGAUGACCUUCCUUGUAGUGGUUUUUUCAGUUAAAUGCCAGAAAUCUGACAAUUUUUGGACUUUGAAGGGUCGAAAAAAUGUUUUUUUCAGAGCUAGUGGAGACUGCAGUCAAGAUGGCGGUGGGGCUGCUCGUAACCAAUUUUCCGGUGUUGACCCUUUGUUGACGGUUUGUCUUGGAUUCAAUUCAUCUAGACAAAUUUGAUACAAUCGAGAAAAUCGAAACUUCUAGAAUUCAUCUAUUUCUCGUGAUUUGAAGGGAUAAUUUUGUUUGACAAAGGAUUAAGCUCAAGGCUGUGCGCUGGCCGAAUCGGCACACAAUUAGCCCUUAUUUUGACCUUUUUUUCAUUUCAUAAUUUCCAGCACAUAAUUUUUCUGAAUAACACCAUUUUCAUUAACUUCCCCAUUUACACACUCUGUGAAAUAUUUGAGACAAGAAGUUUUUUCCGUUCAGAAAGAUCCUCUCCCGGUCAGCUAUUGGAAAAAUGGACCCAAAGACGCUUGCUCGGCUAUUCCACGUGUUGGAGUCCUUUUCCAUGAAAAGUUUGUGAAUUUAUAUAGUCUGUGUGCCACGACUUGAAAUUUCACCGAGCGACAUUCCGCUGUUCCGCUGCGUGUGUUCGCAAAGCGUCUUUCGAAUCUAGGUCACGCUUUCGAUUGAUUUUCAUUGCUGUGAGACCACAUGAAAGUAGAGUACCUUAUUAAGGGAAAAAAAAAAUAAAAGCGCGACCAAGGUUCGCAAAGGCGCGCAGCGGAACACCGGAAUGUCGUUCAGUGAAAUUUCAAGUCGUGACACAUAAACUAGAAAAUUUUUUCAUGUUUUCUAGGAAGGAAAUCAUUGAAGUUGAAUUUAAACAGGCAAGAGCAAUUCUUCGAGUCGAUUCCGGUCGUCGAAGCCCGUCUCAUCUGUGCUACCGGUGACAUUUGAUCAGCCGCCAUUGAUUCCAAGUUAUGCCUUUAGCCUCGGAAGACACUGCGAUCAAAUCGUGCAGCAAACGGGCCAUUUUCUAUGACGGAAAGUGCAAAUGCAAGCCGGGCUUCACGGAUGCCAACGAUCAGGCCAACGGCCUCUCAGGCCCUCGGGUAAUUUUUUUUUUUUUGAGCCAUAUGAAGCAAUUUUUCCCUCUCAUGUCGAAAAGCGUUCACUCUUGUUUUUUUUUUUCGAAACUAGAUUAUAAUGUCCGUUUUUCGCGACUUGAGAGGGCGGGACUUCUCUGCGCUCUCCCCGUCUCUAAACGACUCUCUCAUGUUGACGCGCUGAUUUCGCGUUUCUGUGACCGCGCCGGCGAGGGAACAGAGAGACGCAGACAUUCGAAAAUUGUCAAGUUGCGGCGAACGGACUAUAUGGAACAUGGGUAGCAGGGUUGCAUCAAAGAGGUUUUCGGAAGAAAACUUGGAGUUUCGGGAUGGUACUUUUUUUAAUCGUAAAAAAGUUGAUGAUAGUGAAUUAGAGAGUAUUUGGAAGAUGAAAAAUCAUUACUGAGAUCAAAAUAUGAUAGUUUAGGAAAAAAAAAAUCCAAUUUAGCAGUUUUUUCCGUCUUCUUUACUUUUCGUGAAUGAUGGUGCUUUCUUUAGAAUUUUUUUUUUUUUGAUUUUUCAGCUCACAAGAAAAAAGUCUAUUUCUUCAAAAUGUUUGAUUCAAGUGCAGUUUAGUGAAUCAUAUCCGUGCAACUCUGAUGGUAGCCCAUUUUUUUAAAACCGAAACCCCCGUGAAUAAUAGUGGCGCCUUGGCUGGAAUACUCAUUGAUGUACAAGAUCAAUUUCUGGUUUCUAGAAAUAAUGGCUGGAAAAAACGUUAAGAGGGACUAUGUGAUAAUUUUAAUCUUUCGGUUUUCGAAAAAUAUGAAGAUGUGCAGUUUAAGUCUGGGGCAAGGUAGUUUUCUGACGGUCGCUUAACAAUUUGAUUCCUAAUUCCGUCUGUUUGUUUGUCGAAUCUUUGCAGGGUGUCAAAUGCUUUUCAUGCGAUUAUCCGAAGGACAAAAUCAUUCUUGGCGUCGUUUUUGAUUCUUCCGGAUCUAUUGGAACACGACGUUUCGGUGAUACGGUCACUUUUUUCCCUUUUCACUUCCCAUAGUUGCAAACGUUGAACGUGGAGUUUCCAUCUUUGUGUAAAUCGGAAAAAUAGUCUAUUUCAUGGUUAUCUGGAUGUCCAGUUGAUAUUUUUGUAUAUGUUUCUCUGCUCUUCCAUGUUCUUUUUUUCUUUAUCUCUCGGAAAAAAAGGAAGCUUUAACAGCGAAAUGUUCAGAUCCUACCGUUCGUGGAAAGACUGUACAGAGCGAUGUUUGGCAAUUACGUGAUCUUGACAAGAUUCUCUACCGAGGCCCAAGCUGUCGAUUUUUCCGAAAAGAAGGAUGUCGAGGCGGCCGCGCGAGAAAUUUCUAGCCUCUUCCAGUGGGAUGACGGGUGGACGAUGGUCGAAAAGGGUAUCACUGAAACACACAACAUAAUGAAGGUAUGUUUAGAUGUACAAGUGAAGGCAAAUUCAAAAAAAAAAAGGAGAAUGACCGCAACCAAAGAUUCAAAAAAAUUUUCGAGCUUUAAUAUCACUAUGGUUGGAUAGCUGCUUCAAUUCAUUAUUCAAAACAGUUUGGUUUUCAAAAAAAGGUUGAGAACCACAAAAGUUAGGGCCGAAACAGUAGUUGAAAAAUAAGUGAAAUUCAGUACUGAAAGUUUAGAUUUUCGCCUUUCGCUCGUUUUUUUUAAAGUUUUUCUUUCAGUUGAAAAUUUUUAGCGGUUUAUUCUGUCUUUAGAAGUCAUAAUAAGUCGUUCAAAUGUGAUCUAACCUCAAGGUUUGAGAAAAAAAAGUAAUUUUCUCAUCAAAAACAAAAAAGACCGCUGCGGGCAUCGAACUCGCUAUACAGCACUUCACCUCAUAGUACAGCACUUGCCAUUCGUCUAGUUUGAAAAAAAUGUUUAGACAAUUGAAUGAUUGAUAGUAAAAAAAUUUCAUUAAUAUGCCGUGGAAGUAAAUAUUUUUUUCAACUUUGCGCGGCCUCACAAAGAUUAGGCUACGCAGGAAUUUUAAUUUUUUGUGUCUUAAAAAGCUUAUUUUCUGAAUUGAAACAUAUUUUAAACAAAAAAAAAUUAGCGCAUUCGAUUUGGAACUAAGUUAAAAUUCCGGAUCAAAAAGUCGUUUCAGAUUUUUGUACGACAUUCCGCUGAAAUGUUUCAAAAAUAGGGUAAAAGUAUAUGAGGUUGGAGAAGAAGGUUUUCUCUAUGUUUCCACCAAUUUUCUCCGGUUUUGGUUGAGUAUUGCGCUUUUACGAAAACAUCAAACACAAAAACUAAAAAACCAGUGCAUUUCACCAUCGCGAAAAGAGGCGUGGCUUUGCAGUCUCUAAGAAUGUUAGAGCGGAUUGUUAUUUCUUUCUUUAGCGACUCUACUGAAAUCGUGCAAAGGCAGUGCCUAUGCUGGCAUUCUGCAAAAAAAGUAGCAUGCAUUCUGCAGAUCAGAGCUUUCAUUUGCCCAUAAGAACCUCGCAUUUUGCAUUUCUUUUUGGUCUCACUUUUGUACAGACGAAAAAAGUGCAAAAUGCAAAGCACUGGUUUGCCAAGUGCAUGAAGCAUUUUUUGCAGAAUGCCGGCAUAGGCACUGCCUUUUGCAAAAAUUUUGUAGAGGAGGACUUCUAAAAAACGAACACUUUUAUCAAAUCAUGGAGGCUGACUUUUUUUACUAGGCAAAAUAGGAUUGAAAUCCUUACAACUAUUAUGUAGGAUUCCCUCUAGGGACCGCUUUACCAACCCUUAUAGGGGCCACUAAAGCUUGCAAGAGUGGUUUCUACAGGGGACUUGCCAGUCGUUUAUUUUUAUGAAGAAGCAUUCCCGUGAAAAAACUAGGGUAAAUAAGCGUUUUUUGAAUGAAAUUGAAAGAUCCCUAUAGGAUCCACUCGAGCUUUAGGGGCUAAGGGGGUCAGACUUUGAACCCCUAUGUGGACAACCUUCAAUUUUACCCCCUAUAGGGACCACUCUAGAGUUCCUAAGUAUGGUAAAUGACAGAAUAGCCGCAAAUGAGUAACCGAGAAAAAGAGUUUUAUUUUCCAGCGCUGGAAAGGAAAAAGCCCAAAUUCUCCACAACACCUCAUCCUCAUGACGGAUGGCGAUCCGAACCAUGUAUGGGACCUUUGAAAUUUUCCCUGGGAAAAACGAGCAUUUGAAUCUCACCACGGGUUCGCGAGAAUCGCAAGAGUCGGAAAUCAAACAGUUUUUAUCCGAAAGCUUCUUUUUUCAAUAUAGCCAAAUCCGCGCCAGCUUGUCACGAUUUUCCUUUUUCUGUGAGUCGAUACAAGCUAGCGCGGUUAUAUGAUUCGUGCAGAAAAACAUAGAAAAAUCAACGAUACAAACCUAAUUUUACCAACUUUGUCCGUUCAGCGCGAAUUCAUCCAACCCGAGUUGUGUCAGUAUAGUCAAUGUUUCCCGACUUGAAAGGCGAGGGAGGCGGGGCAAGGGGCGGGACGCGUAGCGUGUGCGUACGCGAUUCUGGGCACGAGUUCAAUUCAACCGCCAGCGAGCAUUCAGAGAUCUCUUUUAUCGCUCUUUUCACUUCUUUUUAACUUCUUUUUCAAUUAUUUAUUGAUUAUGUUAAUUUGUGCAUCAAAAAAAUUAGUAGAAAUACAGAGAAAGAGCGGUUGCCGAGCAUUUUAAGUAGUCGGCGGCGAUUGAAUUGAACUGCCGCCAAGAACCGCGUACGCACACGCUACGCGUCCCGCCCUUGCCCCGCCUCCCUCGCCUUUCAAGUCGGGAAACAUUGACUAUACUCUGGGAAAAUUUUUAGUGGCCAUUAUAGUAGUAAAAUUAGUGGCCACUUAAGAGGUUAAAAACUAGUGACCAUUGUAGAGGUCUCAGUGCUACUACUAGACCACUAAAACCUUUAGUGGCCUCUUUAGGGGUCACUGGAUCAACAUAACUGGUCCAAUCUGUCUUUUUUUUUCAAAUUAUCAGAGUUACUGAAAGGAAUACUGGAUGAAAAACUACUGUAGUGGCCACUAAAUGGAAAAUCUCUGUAGUGGCCACUAAAGAGGUGGGUUUAGUGUCCUCUCCGAGUAGUCCUUGGCGAGCCUCUAUAGUGUCCACUAAAAAUUUUCCCAGUUUUUUAAGAUUCUGAUUUCUUAUGCUUGUUUUCCUUUGUCCUAAUUUCUUCCCACUUUUACUUUAACAGAUUGGUUUCAGCUCCCAGAAACUCUUGACGCUGUUGCUGCGGUCUGUUUUCUUUUUUUUUUAUAAAUAGUUCACGCUUCUAAAUUUCUUUUCUUUUCGAAGUCCCUUUUGGGUUGUGCUUUUGUGAAAAGUCAAAACAUGGUCAAUGUAUAAAUCUUGUCUGAAAAAUUUGAAUUGGAAGAUCUUUGAGAAGGUAUUUUGACUAAAUUUGAAUAACUCUUCCAAGGAAAAACUUUGAGCCAUCAUGACUCGACUACGAGUGAAAAAUCGAAAAUUCUUAUUUUUGAUUCGGAACCAGAAUUCCUUAAAAACUGCAAAGUUUCAUGAAAAGUCCAAACGGGAGCUGAAAAGUCUACUUGUUUGGUUUUCAUCGGUUUAUUGAUUACCUAUGCGAUAGAGUCAUAAAUCAAAUCUAACCCAAACGAUUUUCGGUACCUCUUUGCCACCUACUAGUAAAGAUCUAAACCUAAAUUUCAAUAUUAGAACGAAAAAACAGGCGGUUUUCAGCUUCGCGCUGACGGGGUGAAAAUGCAAACAGUUUUCAUCAAAGGAAGCUAUGCUUCGAAAAUUGAUCGAGCGAAACUGGUCCAGUGCGGCGACCCCAACGCCGAAAAUUCGAUCUGCGGACUCACAGAGGUCCCAUUCGAAGUGAGUAACUAUGUUCAGGGCCGAAAUUGUAUUGUUCUUCUUUCCAGGAAAUGAAAAAAAGGAGUGAAGAACUUUCCAAUCGACUCCUGAUGAAAGUCUGCGACAAGGACGACAGCGCCACCGGUGGCUAG